AUGCUGCAAUGGAGAAUGGAGAAUGGAGAUGGAAUUAGGUUCCUAAAGAAACUUAAUCUAAUCACUAGAGAUUUGUUUAUAAUUAAUCUUUGUGAAAUAAGCAAGGAUCAGGCAGCAGAAAUUGAACUUACGAAGAAGGAUAUUUUUUGUCUGUCUCUGACAUGGUCUAAAGACAUAUUUCAAUUGCCGGAACCAGUCCACAACGAUGAGAUAGAAGUGUUUGAAGCAUUACACCCUCCCACCAAUAUCAAAUAUGGGCGCCUCAAUUGUUAUCCAGGUGAAUACCUUCCAAGCUGGUGUCAUGGUUCUUAUGACCCUACCAUUUUCUCAUCAUUAACAGAGAUAAUGGUUAUAGGCUGCCCGAAGUUAUCAAGCCUUGAACAGUUUCUACAGCCAGCUUAUAUGCCUGCCAUCAAGAUAAUGAUGAUUAAAGAGUGCACAAGUUUGGAAUCUAUACCAGUAGAAAGGUUUGGGGGUUUGCCUUCCCUUGAAGAACUGAAGGUGACCAAUUGUCCAAAGAUCAACUCACAAUGUCUAUUGGCCCCGUCCCUAAAGAAGCUUUCUUUGGAAGAUCCUGGGAAUCUUGAAAAUGAUAUUGAUUGCCGUUCCCUGACCACCAUUAAUUUAUCAAACUACCAUCUGGCAUCUCUAACAUUCAAUAGAGAAAAGCUCCCACUGCUCACUGAACUAACCAUUGGAGAAUGCAGAGAGCUAGAGACACUUAAUGGGGGUUGGCCUAUUCUGAAGAGCUUGUCCAUUAUGCUUUGUCCACGUCUCAAAUGGGAAAAUGGAAUAGUGUUACCAUCAUCCCUCCAAAGCCUCCACUUAUGGGAUCGUGGUUAUUUUUCUGUGAGGUGUCUGGAGAACCUCACAUCCCUCAAUUCACUGGUGAUGACAGUAUGCAAACACAUAGAGUACAUUCCACGUGACUUGUGGAGCAGUAAUCUCAAAUCACUCCAGAAAUUAACUAUUAAGCACUGUGAAGACGUUGUAUCAAUUGGUGGACAAGAAGUGAUUGCACACAUACCAAAAGUGGACAUUCAAAACUGCCCAAACUUGAAGGAAGUACAGCAACCGCUGUUGAGAGGCUAUCCGUUUAGGUUCAGGUUCUUCUCGUGUAAUAAAUUAUGA